AUGACGAGCUUAAUCAGAGAUGAAGCAAAGGAAAACUAUGGAAUAUUCCGCGAAUGUGUCUCGAAAUCGAUCUUGAGCCGCUCUAUGGAGAAAUCUGGCAUGGCUCGAAGGAAGAGAGACAGAAAACGCAAUGCCCGUACAAGCUUUAACAAUACCUCGUUUCCGAAUGAUAAUGAUCCUGCUGAACUAGCGGAAUUUAUUGAUUUCAUUGCCCAAGAGAUAUUCAUGUCGUUUCCAGAAGCAGUGCAGACUCUCUCUUACAACGCCAUACAGUCAUCCCCCGUUCUUGCAGACACUUAUGCAGAAUGUAUCUCGGGAAAUACCAUCGAUUUUCUAGCCUCCUUGGUCGAUCAAUCAGUAUCUGAGUCUCUGGUCACCUACGGCUUAAUGUCAGAGGCUUCUGACCUUACGACCAUGCUCUCUUCUGUAUUCAUGGAAUAUUCCUCUACUGUUACUGCAAAGCCACCUCCUUUCAGUGCUACUAGAACUUCUGCUUGUGAGAUUUGUGAACGGGAUUGGAUACCCUUGACAUAUCACCAUCUUAUACCCAAGGCUGUCCAUAGCAAGGCUCUGAAGCGUGGAUGGCAUGAGGAACACGAUUUGAACCAAGUUGCUUGGCUGUGUCGUGCUUGCCAUAGCUAUGUACAUAGAAUGGCGUCGAACGAAGAGCUGGCUAGGGAAUGGUAUACGGUUGAGGCAAUAUUGAAAAGGAAGGACACACAGGAAUGGGCAAAGUGGGCAGGCAGACUUCGCUGGAAGUCCCGGUGA